ACUCACCCCCUUCCUUCCUUUGCAUUGCAUCGUGCUGGUCUUCUCUUCACUGGCAUUUGGUUAGCUAGCAUCUCUCUCGACUCUCUUAUCCCCAUUCCCUACUACUACUGCCCAGCGUGCUGUCUCACUGUGGCAUUAUCAUAAUCUCCACGGUGGUCUAGACGCCGCAAUCACCAACCCAGCACGAUUGAUUGACACGGGGCUUGCUCUACACGCUUGUUUGUCUCUUUUGUUGCCUUUGGCCCCUCCCCCCCUCGCUUUUGACUAGCGUCGUUUGCGCGACCCACGUCAUCCAACUUCUUUGCAUCACAUUCUCGGCAAGACGGCGGCAAGACAGACACCCUACCCUACAUUACACACAGACAUCGCAGAGCUGCCAGUCACCAGGCGAGCAGUAGCAGCAACUCCAAGCCCCCUGGCCGCCUGAUAAUCUUCACCCUUUGGCUUCCAUCCUCCCUCCCAACCACACAACAUGCCAGAGUCGCUGCACACGGUAGAGUCGACCCCGACACAGGUCAACACGGUGACCAACACGGCCGACGAGACAAAGGGACAGUGGGCCGACGUCGAGAAGACGGCAGCCGACCACCAGCACACUGCCACUCACGAGGAAAAGCACCAUCCCCACCAUGAGAAGGCGUCGACCAAGCCUCACCAGCCGCCGACUUACACCGGCGGCGACGGCACCAUCCCCAUGCGCAGCUUGACGCGCGCCCUCUCGACCCCGCCCGCCGUCGGCCUGUUCGGUGGUGUCUCGCCCACUGGCCAGGACGCAGAGGAGGGUCUCGCGCCCGCCCGCUCGCGCGAGGAGGAAGUCGAGCGUGAGCUCGAGCGUGAGGCCAAAGGGUUCGACCCGUAUGCUGUCAAGUUUGAGCCUGGAGAGAAGAUCAACCCCAAGAACUGGUCCAUCGCGUACAGGUGGUACCUCACUUCUCUUGGCGGUAUCCUCGUCCUGAACUCGACCUUCUCGUCCUCGGCCCCGUCGGGCGUCACCGUCCCCAUCAUGAUCCACUUCCGCAUUAGCGAGGAGGUGGCUAUUCUCUGCAUCUCGCUCUUUGUGGCUGGUUACUGUCUCGGUCCCUUGGUCUGGGGCCCCGCCUCAGAGAUCUACGGUCGCCGGCCCGUCUUCCUCGUCGCCUUUGUCGUCUACGUCUGCAUGCAGGUCGGAUGCGCGCUCGCGCCCAACGUCGGCGCGCUGCUCGCGUUCCGUUUCAUCGGCGGCACGUUCGCCGCUGCACCGCUCACCAACUCGGGCGCACUGCUCGCCGACAUCUGGGACGGAGACCUCCGUGGCCGUGCCAUGGCGCUCUUUGGUCUCGCACCGUUCGCUGGCCCGUCCCUCGGCCCCAUUAUUAGCGGCUUCAUCGAGGUCACAAACACCAACUGGCGCUGGAUCUACUGGAUCCUCACCAUCUUCGCCGGUGUUUGCUUUAUCUUCGUCCUCUUCACCCUGCCCGAGACGUAUGCGCCGAUCAUUCUGGCCAAGAAGGCCGCUCGUCUGCGCAAGGAGACGGGUGACGACCGCUACUACGCGCCGAUUGAGCGCCAGGAGGUUACGUUCAAGGAGCGUAUCAACGACAUCCUUUUCAAGCCCUUCAUCAUGCUUGCCCAGGAGCCCAUCCUUCUCGCUAUCACCAUCUACAUGGCUUUCGUCUACGGCGUCGUCUACCUUCUGUUCGAGGCCUUCCCCUUCGUCUUUGUCAAGAUCCACCACUUCAACGCGGGCGAGAACGGCCUUGCCUUCCUCGGUUUCUUCACUGGCGGUACCAUCUGCACCCUGUUCUACGUCACCGUCAUUGACUCGAGGUACCGCAAGUACCUUGCCAGCGUCGCCCCCAAUCCCCCCGCCCCCGAGAAGCGCCUCGAGCUUUGCAUGGGCUGCGCUUGGCUGCUCGUCAUCUCCAUGUUCUGGUUUGCCUGGACCGCGUACCCCCACAUCCACUGGAUGUCGCCCGUUCUGGCCGGCGGCCUCAUGGGCAUCGCCGUCUUCGGCCUGUUCGUCUCGCUGUUCAACUACAUCAUCGACGUCUACCUCUGGUCGGCCGCCUCGGCCCUCGCGGCCUCGACUGUCGUCCGUUCCGCCUUUGGUGCCGGCUUCCCGCUGUUCGCCACACAGAUGUACAACAAGCUCGGCACUCACUGGGCCUCGUCGCUCCUCGGCUUCAUUGCGCUGCUCCUUGCGCCCGUGCCAUUCAUUUUCUACAAGUAUGGCCCUAUCCUCCGCGCCAAGUCCAAGUUCACGCCCAAGUUCUAAGCGGGCGUGGGUGUGGGCCUCGGCGCCCAACCUCCCUCCACUGUACAUUGCACUCUCGCAUCGAAAACUUAUAACAAGAAACACACUACAUAGACAUGGCAUUGAUCUGGCUGGGGAGAGUGUAGCUAAUAGUGAGG